GAAAGUAUGGGAGGCACAAUACCACCUGCGCCAGCCAGUGCAUCCACAGAGGAGACAAGAAAGGGCAAAGCAGAGGAACAGCCAGAGGAGCCAGUUAAAUCACCUGAACCAGAAAGUGAAGAGAGCGACUUAGAAAUUGACAAUGAGGGAGUGAUUGAACCAGACAAUGAUGACCCUCAAGAAAUGGGAGAUGAGAACGUGGAGGUAACUGAAGAGAUGAUGGAUCAAGCUAAUGAAAAGAAGAUUGAAGCAAUAAAUGCUCUAAGUGAAGGUGAACUUCAGAAGGCUGUCGACUUGUUCACAGAGGCUAUCAAGCUGAAUCCUUGUUUGGCCAUCUUGUAUGCCAAGAGGGCAAGUGUUUUUGUGAAACUACAGAAGCCGAAUGCUGCCAUUAGAGAUUGUGACAGAGCCAUCAAGAUUAAUCCUGACUCGGCACAGACCUACAAAUGGAGGGGGAAAGCGCAUAGACUUCUGGGUCACUGGGAGGAAGCUGCUCGUGAUCUUGCAUUAGCUUGUAAACUGGAUUAUGAUGAAGAAGCUAGUGCCAUGCUGAAGGAGGUGCAACCAAGAGCUCAGAAAAUUGCAGAACAUCGCCGAAAAUACGAGCGGAAGCGUGAAGAAAAGGAAAUCAAGGAAAGAAUGAAAGAAAAAGAAAGAGUGAAGAAGGCACGGGAGGAGCAUGAGAGAGCACAAAGGGAGGAAGAAGCAAGGCGACAGGCAGGAGGAGCUCAGUUUGGUGGCUUCCCAGGUGGAUUUCCUUGGGCUGCGCCUGGAGGUAUGCCAGGUCUCAAUGAGAUUCUCAGUGAUCCAGAAGUCCUUGUGGCCGUGCAGGAUCCAGAAGUCAUGGCUGCAUUCCAAGAUGUUGUCCAGAACCCAGCAAAUAUGUCCAAGUACCAGAACAAUCCCAAGGUCAUGAAUCUCAUCAGUAAAUUGUCUGCCAAAUUGGGCAGUAAACCAUAAAAUCCCUGGUUCCUAAAAAUCAUAUCUGAAUGGGAAGGAUUGGAUUUGGCUUACCAGUGUUGCAAUAAAACAAACCA